UUGUUGCCGGGUAGAAGCGGCUGCUUGUCCGUACGAAACCGUAGCUCCAGCAGCAGCGGUUCGAUCGCCGCGAGGGAUUUUAAUUAAGGCCGAGCGUUGUUUUCCUCCCUCCCUCUCCCUCCUCUCAUAUUCUCUCCUCUCCUCUCCUCUCCUCUUCGUCCCAGUCCAUCUUCGCUCUGGACAUCGAGCUCGAAUUCGUGGAGGAUUGCGAUCCCGGUAACGCUCUCCUUUUCCCCGUUGAAUCUUCCCCCGUUUUGCCGCGAAUUUUCCCGAUCUCGAGAACCGUAGUGGUUUCCUGGUGAUCUGUUUCGAGGCAUCGCUACUUUUGCUUCUACGUCGGAAGCUUUGGAUAGUGGAAGCGUGAUUUCUUCCAUUAAAUCGGUUGUUUUCGUUUAAAGAGAAAGGUUGGCCUCUUUCUCUCUAUUCUCACUCAUCUGAUUUGAUUCCUUGCGGGAAUUCCCCAGAUUUUAUCCACUCGCUAGCUUUUCCGCUUGCAUUUAUUCCUUUCCUUGUUAUCGAGGUCUUCGGAAUCCUUGUUCGGUUUAAUCUCUCAUCGUUUCCUGGUUCUCUUGGCAAACUGUAAAGCAUGUAAAGGAAUCAACCGGGAACUACAAACCUUCUUUGGGAUUGUUAGAUGCUUAGAUCUGGGUUUUCUUCAUGGUAAACUGGGGAAGAAAGAGAAAGAGACCAUUUUGAAGCUUCCUCUUGCUGCAAAGACUUGUAGUAGGAUCACCCCCCAAAAAAUUACUUUUUUUUUUUUUUUUUGUCAAAAUGGUGUCGAAAUCUUACUCCAAUCUGCUGGAGUUGGCCUCCGGCGAGUCGCCUUCGCUAGGCCGAAUCAGCCGUGGCAUCCCCCGCGUGGUGACGGCAACUGGUAUAGUCCCGGACCUUGAUGAUUCCGACGACGAUGCGUCCAAUGCGUCAUCGGAACGAUCAUCCCUUUCCCCCCGUGACCGUACCAUUAUUGUCGCCAACCAGCUUCCUAUCCGUGCCCAGCGACGCCCGGAAGGCCGCGGCUGGACCUUCUCCUUGGACCAAGAUUCCCUCCUCCUCCAGCUUAAAGAUAGUAUAAGCGAGCAUCCCGAUAUGGAAUUUGUCUAUGUUGGGUGCCUGCGUGAGGAAAUACCGAUCCCGGAGCAAGAUGAGGUUUCCCAGACACUGUUGGAGACCUUCAAGUGUGUGCCUGUGUUCCUUCCUGCAGACCUCCGCUCUCGGUUCUAUCAUGGCUUCUGUAAGCAGCAGCUGUGGCCUCUCUUCCACUACAUGCUUCCACUGUCUCCUGAUCUCGGUGGACGGUUCGAUCGGAGUCUAUGGCAAGCAUAUGUCUCGGUUAACAAGAUUUUCGCUGAUAUGAUCCUUGAGGUGAUAAAUCCAGAUGACGAUUUCGUUUGGGUCCAUGAUUACCACCUCAUAGUCCUCCCCACAUUCCUCAGGAAGCGGUUCAACCGUGUGAAGCUUGGAUUUUUCCUGCAUAGCCCCUUCCCCUCUUCUGAGAUCUACAGGACAUUGCCGGUCAGGGAGGAGCUUCUGCGAGCACUGCUGAAUUCUGAUCUGAUUGGGUUCCACACGUUUGACUAUGCCCGCCAUUUCUUAUCUUGCUGUAGCCGGAUGCUCGGGCUCAGCUAUGAAUCUAAGAGAGGUUAUAUUGGGCUAGAGUAUUAUGGUCGCACUGUUAGCAUUAAGAUAUUGCCUGUUGGGAUCCAUAUGGGCCAGCUUGGCUCGGUGUUAAGCCUUCCAGAGACAGAGGUAAAGGUUGCGGAGCUCAUGAAGCAGUUCCGUGAUAGGGGCAGAGUAAUGCUGCUUGGAGUUGAUGACAUGGAUAUAUUCAAAGGGAUCAGCUUGAAGCUGUUGGCUUUUGAGCAGCUCCUCAUGCAGCAUCCAGAGUGGCGAGGAAGGGUGGUCUUAGUUCAGAUUGCAAAUCCAGCCAGGGGACAAGGGAAGGAUGUGAAAGAAGUAGAGGCCGAGAGCUAUGCAAUGGUGAAGCGGAUCAAUGAAGCUUUUGGGCUUACUGAUUACAACCCUGUAAUUCUAAUCAACAAGCCACUCCAGUUUUAUGAGAGAAUGGCCUACUAUGUGGUGGCAGAAUGUUGUUUGGUGACGGCAGUCCGGGAUGGCAUGAAUCUUAUUCCUUAUGAGUAUAUCAUUGCUCGGCAUGGGAAUGAUAAGUUGGAUGAGGUUUUAGGUUUGAACCCCUCGACCCUGAAGAAGAGCAUGUUAGUCGUUUCGGAGUUCAUUGGCUGUUCUCCUUCCCUUAGUGGGGCUAUUAGGGUGAAUCCAUGGAACAUCGAUGCAGUGGCUGAUGCAAUGGACUCUGCCUUGGAAAUGGCCGAUGCAGAGAAACAGCUAAGGCAUGAGAAGCACCACAGGUAUGUAAUCUCACAUGAUGUUGGGUAUUGGGCCAACAGUUUUUUGCAGGAUUUGGAGAGGACUUGCAAGGAACAUGACGGAAGAAGGUGUUGGGGAAUAGGAUUUGGAUUGAAGUUUAGAGUUGUGGCGCUUGACCAAAACUUCAGGAAGCUUGCUAUGGAGCACAUUGUUUCUGCAUACAGGAGAACUAGCACUCGUGCCAUCCUUUUGGAUUAUGAUGGUACUUUGAUGCCACAGGCAUCAAUUGAUAAGAGCCCAAGCCCUAAAUCUAUUCAGAUCUUUAACAGCUUAUGUCGCGAUAAAAACAAUCUAGUCUUUCUAGUGAGUGCACAAAAGCGAAGCUCUUUGAGCGAUUGGUUUUCUCCUUGUGAGAAUCUAGGAAUGGCUGCAGAGCAUGGCUACUUCUUUAGGCUAAGGAGAGAUGCAGAAUGGGAAACAUGUGUUACAGUCGCUGAUCGUAGCUGGAAGCAAAUUGCUGAGCCUGUUAUGAGGCUAUACACCGAAACAACAGAUGGUUCAACCAUCGAGAACAAGGAAACUGCACUGGUUUGGUGCUACGAGGAUGCUGAUCCAGAUUUUGGAUCGUGUCAAGCCAAGGAACUUUUCGAUCAUCUUGAAAGUGUCCUUGCUAACGAACCCGUUUCUGUGAAAAGUGGGCCAAACAAUGUUGAAGUUAAGCCACAGGGUGUGAGCAAAGGUCUCGUAGCUCAACGACUACUCUCAACCAUGAAAGAGAGAGGUUUGUCACCGGACUUUGUUCUCUGCAUAGGGGAUGAUCGGUCUGACGAGGACAUGUUUGAAGAGAUCAUGACCGCAAUGUCUGGCUCCGCUUUAUCCCCUACAGCUGAAGUGUUUGCUUGCACGGUUGGUCGAAAACCCAGUAAAGCCAAGUAUUACCUUGAUGAUACUGCAGAGAUUGUUAGGCUAUUGCAGGGACUGGCCUCCGUUUCAGAUCAAUCACCCGGGAGUUCAGUUCCAUUGUGAGACUCAUCUUUCGACCUUACGCACAAAUUUAGCAAGUGGAAUUGUUUCUGGCACCACUGCCCUUUUGUUGUAACCUUGAUAGGAUAGCCUUACCAAGACCCUCACUUUUCUUGUUACGUUGUGUAUAUCUAUGUAUCAUAGUUAUCUAGUUGAGUUUCUUUAUGUA